AAAAAAUUUCAGUUUAAUUUACGUGGUAGGGAAAAUGACUUGGUGACAGGAUAUAUUAUUAUUCCAGCUCUGAAUAAAAUUGAUUUAACGAUCAAAGUUAAAUUGAUACGAUUAAAUUAAAGGAAGGUUUACAAAUAACGUCAUUUGAAUAUCGAUAUUUUGAUAAAAGUCGAUUUGAAUAUUAUCGAUUAUUAGAUAUUCGAAUAAUGUACAGUAUUGUUUGCUUGACAGCCAAUAGUUAUAGAAUGUUUUAUUGUGAUGAGACGAGAUUUUUAUGAAUGAAAUUAAUUUAAUAAGUUUCAACGAUUACUGUAUUUAUUUUGUUUAUUUCUACAAUCAGUAAUCAUUUGAAAUGUCAGAUGACGAAGAUUUGGUUUAUGUCAAAAAACAGAAAACUGUUCAUUAUGGAUCUCUCGAAGAAGCGGAGCGUGCUAGAUUGGCUGUUGUGGCCGAAUCUUCAGAAGAGGAGAAAGAUGUUACGAAUUUGGGAGAUAAUGUCAGCGCUGCUGCUACUUUGGGAAACAUUCAUAUAUCAAAUGAAUAUAUGGAGCUUGAAGAUGAAAUGUCUAAAGAUAGACAAGCUCUCUUAGAAGAAUUUGAACGUAGAAAGAAAGCCCGUCAAAUCAAUGUGUCUACCGAUGAUUCAGAAGUAAAGAAGAAUUUAAGACAAUUAGGAGAACCUAUUUGUCUGUUUGGUGAAGGGCCCGCAGAUAGGAGAACAAGAUUGAGAGAAUUAUUGGCUAACUUGGGAGAAGAUGCAAUAAAGAAAAAGCAUGAAGAUGAAGAGAAACCUUCUCAUCCAAUUGAGAGAGAUACAGAAACAACGUGGUACCAUGAGGGACCAGAGUCACUUCAAAUAGCACGUUCUUGGAUCGCUGCAUACUCAUUGCCCAGAGCAAAGGCUAGAUUGGACAAAGCAAGGCAAGACUUGGAGUUACCAACAGCUACACGUACAGCACGUCGUCAAGAGCUUCUGAAAAAAUUACAAGCAUUAACAAUUUACUGUUCUCAAAUUGGGGAUACUAGGCCAAUUUCUUUCUGUCAGUUUAGUCCAAAUUCCAAAGUGCUCGCUACAGCUUCAUGGUCAGGCUUGUGUAAACUAUGGUCUGUACCUGACUGUACUUUGUUAAGAACACUUAAAGGACAUACUUGUAAUGUUGGCUGCAUUGUUUUUCAUCCAAAAGCUACUAUUACUGAAGAGGUGGUAGGAGAGAGAAUUGGACAGACUUGUGUGUUAGCAUCCUGUGCUUCGGAUGGAACAGUAAAAUUGUGGAGUGGUGGAUCUGGGGAGGAACCUUUAGCUGAGGUCGAAGGACAUGAACCACACAGAGUUUCAAGAUUAGCAUUUCAUCCAUCUGGUAGAUUUCUUGGGACUUGUUGUUAUGACGCAUCUUGGCGACUUUGGGACUUGGAACAACAAGCAGAAGUCUUACAUCAAGAGGGUCAUGCGAGAGCUGUGCACUGCAUUAGCUUUCAGGGUGACGGUAGCGUAAGUGCCACAGGUGGUCACGACUCUUUUGGUCGAGUGUGGGAUCUUCGUACAGGACGAUGCAUUAUGUUUAUGGAGGGCCACUUGAAAUCUAUUUUCGGUAUCGACUUUUCUCCGAAUGGAUUUCAUAUAGCAACAGCGAGCGAAGAUAAUACUUGUAAAAUAUGGGACUUACGAAAGAGAUCUUGCGUAUAUACAAUACCCGCGCAUACAAAUUUAUUGUCAGAUGUGAAAUACCAAAGGAUAGAAGGACAGUACCUGGUCACAGCAUCGUAUGACAAUACUGCGAAAAUAUGGUCGAAUAAAACUUGGCAACCACUUAAAACGUUACCAGGUCACGAUGGUAAAGUUAUGUCAGUCGAUAUUUCCUCCGAUCAUAAAUUCAUCGGGACCAGUUCUUACGAUCGAACGUUUAAAUUAUGGGCUCCAGAAAAUAUGUAAAAAGUCUUGAUCGAAUAAAAAGUUAUUUAAAAGGAAGACUUUAAGAAGACUUUGAUGACGCAUGCAGGAAAACUUCAUUUUUAUACCAAAAGAGAAGUAAUAAACACAUAUUCUUUAUUAUUUGUUUUUCAAAUAUUAUCAUAUUAUGUCAUUUCAUAUUAUCAUCUUAUUUAAUUAUUCGUUAACGUUCGGUUUUUUAUGCUACAAUUAAAAAGAAAAAGCGACAGGCAUUUGAAGGCUUGAAAAUGUUAUAAAUUAAGCUCUUAUUUCUUUCAAUUGAAUCGUGAAACAUAGAAAUCGAUUGCGUUCAAUCUCUUAUUAAAUCCGCGCGAAAUGCGUUUUGUUUAAGUAUUUCUCUGAAUGGUUUAUAAGAUUAGCUUAAAAUUUGAACGUGUGUUCGUUCGAAUAAAUCGAUCCUAAUGAGCCUUCUAAUGAAGCAAGAACGUAGUCCUUUUGUUGGUUUUUCUUUUCAAAAAUAGUGCCAGUCCUCGAUCGUAUCAUAAAUUACCAUUCGAAAAAUUUCAAACAAAUUGUUUUGCGACUAUAAUGUAAAGAAUAGUCAUUAAUGAAAACAAAUACUCGUCUUUAAUCUUGUAGAUUAAAUAAAAUUUAUAGAUUUUAUAAAAAUUUAAUCAUACAAAAUAUUCACUAUCGACAAUAGUAGUAGUGAUUUAUAGGUUCUUGAACCACUUGUAAAAUUAUUCUUGUACCGAGAUUGAACUCUGUACUUAGUUUGUUGUCCGAUUACAAUUUACGUCAUUAUUGAUAAACAAUUAUACGCAUUUUAUGAGAUAUUCUUACUUGUUUAUAUUCAACAACGAUUUUAUUCUACAUAUUUUUAUCGAUUUUUAUUCUUGUAUCUGCUAAACGAUUUGCAGCAUCAUUAACGAAAUUUAGAAAGUUCUUACUUAGUGUCUUUAUUUAUGCUUGAGAUAACUUAAAAGUUUCCAAUUUGACAGUUAACUGAGGAGUUACAAAUAUAAUCGGAUGACUUAACUUUUGAAAUAACUAAACUAACUACGAACAAGAGGGUCACUUUUGUUAACAAACUUUGUUAACUUGUUAAAGUUACAAACAGAUGCUUUUUCGCUAAUAAGAAUUCAUAUUAUAUUUAUAUGAAAUUAUCUUUCGUACACGUCCGUCAUGAUCAGAAGGGAAAAUUACAAAGUGGUAAAAUUUAAAACAUAAGUACAAAUUGAUCGACGAUGUAUUUGUACAAUUAUAAAUUAAUCAUAUACGAUACAUUGCUUUUAUUUAUUUUCUGAUUUAGCAUGCUUUGGCUCGUGGAAAGAUAGAGCAAAAUUAUGUCGCGACGGAAAAUAAUAUAUUGCUAUAAUUUCAUUUACGACAACAAUCCUUACGAAUGCUAUUUACUU